CUAAACUAAUCUUCAUUUCGUCUCUGUUGUCGAUGACCAUGAAUCUCACAGCUCCUCUUCUGCUCCUUGUUACUGUUUGCAUGGCCAGCGGUGCAAUGUUUCCUCAGGCCUUGUGGCAGUUUGGGAAAAUGAUGUUGUGUACCCAGCCAGCAGUGAACCCCCUCAUCUACAACGAUUACGGCUGCUGGUGUGGCUUCGGGGGGAGUGGAGCUCCUGUGGAUGAGGUGGACGAGUGUUGUAAAGUGCACGAUAAAUGCUAUAAAACAAGCAGAAAAACUCCUGGAUGCACGGGCAUUGCCAACCUCCCCUAUGUCCUGGUUUAUGAUUUCACCUGCAAGAAUCAACAAGUCACCUGUUCAGCUACCAAUGACAAGUGCGAGGCCGCUGUGUGUGAAUGUGAUCGGCUGGCAGCUCACUGCUUUGCUCAGGCCACACACAAUCCUAACAACCAGCACCUGGACCCCAAAGUUCACUGCGUCAACUGAGCCAUUCCAUCCUGGUUUAAAAGAGCUAGAGCAGCUCUUUAAACAGUGAACUUUUGGUCUAAAGUAGAGAAAUGGAGAUAUUACAUUGGUCACAACAAUUCAAAAUAAAUCUUUCAACUCUAAAUUAAAAGUAAGAGUGACGGUGUGCCUGGUUCAAGUGGACUUUUUCAGCCUACCAGUGUCCUUGUAUCUUUGUUUGUUUAGGUU